AUGCUCGCCACCUCGUCUUCUUCUGCCUUGUUAUCUUUGCCCGCUCACCACCUUCAUUUCAGCAAUGAGCUAGCUCAACGGCUAGACAACCUUCCUAUCGCUGUCGCCGACGACGCCGCCGCUGCCGAGAACGCCUCCGUGGAGAACCGCUGGUGUCGACCGCGAGACACGGUCCAGUCGACGGCGCUCGCCGUCCUCGGUCGCGCUCCCCGCCAACACCAGGACUGGUUCGACGACAACGACGCCGCCAUCAGAAAUCUGCUAGCUGAGAAGAACCGCCUACACAAAGCCUACGUAGAUCACCCCACUGAUGCCACCAAAGCUGCCUUCUAG